AUGUGCGUGCCCGCCGCACCGGGCGCCCGCUCGCUGUCUGGUUGGCCGCCCGGCCGCGGGGGUCGGUGGGGGUACGCAGCGCCCGGCGGCCGCGCCGCCUUGUGCAGAGGCAUCCAACGCAGCCAAGCGCGGGCGAAGCGCGGCAGCUUGAAGAUCACCGCGACACGGCUCGAGCCUGCCGGCGAUGAAGUUACGGCGGCGCAGGCAGGCCCCGGGCGGGGCAUGAGCACGGCGCCGGUCCCGUCAAAGGCCGGGCCGGCCAAAUGUAUGCAGGCACGCGCCUACGA